AUGACAGCUGGCGGGCCGGCAUCCCUGCAGCGCAUGCUGGCGCGCCUGGCCGCCGCGAAGCCCCUCCUGCCGUCCCUGCGCGGCGCCAAAGACGUGGCGGCGGUGCCGGUGGGGCAAAGACAAGGACAAGGACAAGGGGUGGGCAAGGACAUGGCGCCCCUCUUGCCCUCCCUGCGCGGCUUCAAAGAUGUGCCGCCUCCUUCCCUCCCCUCCGCGCGUGCCGCCAGAGACCUCUCUCACGCGCGUGCCCUGCCUUCAGAGGGGGGCGCACUGUCACGUGCUGCCGGGGGUGCGGUUACGGGUGUUGCGGGUGUUGCAGGUGAGGUGGAUGGUGUGAGAGGUGGCAGUGGGGACGGUGCACCGACAGGUUCCAGUGAGAGGGUGGGGGGUGGCUACGAGGCGGAUUUGCCUGUGAUGUCUGCUUCUGACAUGCCUCACACAGAGGGGGCUCAGGCAGCCUGCGAGGUGGAUACGCCUCUGGUGUCUGCUCAUGAGGUGGCUCGCUCAGAGAGAGCAGGACCGGAAACUGCUGGGAGGCUGGAGGGGCUGGGCCGUGCAAAUGACUCAGCUGCUCGGGAGCAGAGCGAUGAGAGAGUGUUGUGGAGUGGGGGAGAGGGAGGGACGACGGCAGAGGGAGAGGGGAUGGCUAGAAGGGAAGGGGUUGAUGUGGUGGAGAGGGGUGGAGUAGGAGGAGGAGCGGUGGAGGUGGUUGUUAGUGCAGCUGCUUCUCUCGCUGAUGAUGUGGCAGCUGUUGCUUCCAGCUCUGACGUGGCAUCCAUGGGUUCUGGUGCUGACGUGGCAGGAGCACGGGUGGCGGUGGCUGACAGGGCAGGUGUGAGGAGGGCGCUGACGGGGCCAGCAGCACUGCUUGCUUUCAUCAACGAUGGAGCUGAGGACACUGCUGAAGAUGCUAGUAUCGGGGCAGCUACUACAGGGGAUGCACAAGCAAGCAUAUCAAGCCGGUUGCUCAGGCUUAUCUCUCCUCCCAGCCUGCUGUGGCAGUCUCAACAACCACUGCGGAAAAAGGAGGGUGGAUCUUCAGAGUUACCCAAUGGUAACAGGAUAGGAGAAGAACAGAGGUUGAGAUUGGAGGCGUGGCUCGAUGAUAAGUAA